AUUAUAACACAGCUGUCCAGUACACUGGACUCUUCUUUGUACUUGGAUUCUGAGAUCAAUGAGGCGUUGCUGGUGGGGAGCGCGGUUAUGAGCCUGCAGAGUGAACGUUACUUUGUUGUCAAUCAUUCUAAUUCCACAGAAGACAGAAGACCAAUAUCAGCACUCGAGCGAGUAUUUACUUCGACGGAUGAAAAUCUCGAAGUCAUAUCGCAUUUACUUGAAAAACACUCCAUGAUGACGCUAUACCAUUUGAGGGAGGAUAUUUUAAACGUCAGAGAUCUGAAAUCACUGAACGUGUUCAGAAGAUUGUCAAUAUACAAAGAAAUAAACUCAGUCCUAUUAAUACACAUAAUGAAGAGUAUGAAAUCAGUCACUUUGACGUUAUGGCGCCAAAUUUCAGCAUAUUACGAACUGCUGAAGACCAUGGAAUGUCUCUCAUUGGGUAUUAUGACGUCUGUUCAUCUCACUAACGUUGAACCGGACCAAUAUUUGCUGGCAACCUUUCAGAAUUACCACAUGUCUAUGCUGGAACACCUUCAGACCACGCUGCAAUAUCUUCACUUGGAAAAAAUGGUUGAUGACAUACGUGUUGUAGAGCAGAUUUUGGAUAACUACCAACAAUCCAACAUCCCUGCUUUGAUGGAAAACAACAAUGGGAUGCCGUUCACAGCGGAGGAUUUGAUAUUGUAUAACAAAGAGCUACACAAGCAAAUGGAUCAAUUGAAGAUUGUACAGUUACGUCUGUGGACUGCUGUCAAAGAAACAGUAAGACAAGAUGUAUGGAGUGCCAGACAGACGUUGGCUGUUGGGAUUUUUAUACUGAUUGUAGUGGUGCUGGCUUCACCCGUUUUGGUACUGCUUUUGCGACAUAUAGUACAUACUAUAGAGACUUUCGCCCGCUCAAUCGACAUAAGCACGCAAAAACUAAUGGCAGAGAAACAGAAGAGCGAUCUUCUUUUGUCACGGAUGCUGCCGCUGCCGGUGUUACGGCGGCUACGAGCGCAGCGGACGGUACCAGCCGAGGCGUUUGAUGCUGUCACCAUAUUUUUUAGUGACAUCGUGGGAUUCACGAACAUUUCUGCCACUAGUACGCCCAUGGAAGUCAUCAAUAUGCUUAAUAUGCUAUACAAGUUAUUUGACGAGAAAAUAAUGCAAUACAAUGUGUACAAAGUGGAGACGAUUGGCGACGCAUAUAUGGUGGUAUCUGGACUGCCUCAGAGGAAUGGGAACCGCCACGCUUCUGAAAUAGCUGAUAUGUCAUUAUCACUAAUGAGGAGUUUGGAAGGCGCUAAAGUGCCACACAGGCCGCAGGAGCUCUUGAGGGUGAGAGCUGGAGUGAAUACAGGACCUUGUGUGGCCGGGGUGGUUGGUACAACAAUGCCCAGAUACUGUCUGUUUGGUGACACCAUAAAUACUGCAAGCAGAAUGGAAAGUACCGGGGAACCUAUGAAAAUCCACAUAUCAUAUACUACGAAGAAAGCGUUAGACGAAAUUGGAAACUACGAGAUGGAGCCACGGGGAAGGCUUGAUGUAGCCGGAAAAGGCAGUAUGGAAACAUUUUGGCUAUUAGGCAAAGUGGGCGGCAUACAAAACGAGAGUCCGCGCUGCCUGCGUCUACACGACUACGAUCAGAACCUUCUGGAGUUGAUUAUAAAGUCGUGAAUUGUUUAACUAAACUUUAAAGUUUUUGGAUGUAAUAAUUCAAGAAUUAUGUAAAUUAUUUUAAUUUGUCUAACAAUUGUAUCAAUUGGUAAAUGGGACUUGAUUAUGUAACGCAGUUACAAUCGUACUGUUUUAAUUUUAAAUAGAUUGACAGCUGCAAAACUAAAAAAAUAAUGCUGUAAAACUCAGUUAGUUUCCCGUUUUUGAUUUAAUUUUAAGUAAAUUGACAGCUGCAGUUGCGG